AUGUCUUCCUCAAACCCUCUCAAUGCAGACUACGCAUGGCCGCUGUACGAUGAUGAGCCCAUCGAAGGAGCCUUCGCACUCGACACCGCCAAUGGCAUCGACGAGGCCGUCGCAACAAGCGUCACACGUCCCUGGCUCUUCGCCUUUAAGCCCACCACGUCUACACCAAACGGACGAAAUAUCCUUAUUCUAGGUGGAGGAGGAUACGUCGAGCUCAUGGUGGGAAGAGAAGGUGUGCAGGUAGCGAGGUGGCUAGCAGGGCUAGGAUUUUAUGUCUUCGUGCUCAUACAUCGUUUUCCGAAUAAAGAGACGGGCAGUCAGGCGCCAGUAGACGAUGCCAGGCGGGCUCUUGAAAUGUUUGACGAGAAGGGCUUUGCAAAAGGUCGUAAGGCUGUAUGCGGUCUCUCAUCUGGUGGUCAUCUCGCUGCAUCGCUACUCUCGACGUAUCCUACCUGUUGGAGCAACCCGAAUGCGGAAAGUGGUGUUCCAUACCUCGAAUUCGCUAUUAUUGGCUAUGCGCCUAUCUCGACGAAUGCAAAAGGACGCCAGAUCAUUGCGAACAAGCCAGCGCUGGAGCCGCCAGAGAAACAGGCGCUUUACGAUACGGUGCAGCCAGACGUACAGUUGGAGAGCAGAGUUCCGCCAACCUUCAUAGUGUAUGCUGGGAAUGAUCCGGUCGUGCCGGUGGUGAAUGCAUAUAGGCUCGCUGAAGGCAUCAUGAAAGCUGGUGCCCCUGUAGAGCUUCACGUCUUCUCGGAUGCACCGCAUGGGUUCGCGCUGGAUACGCCAGGCCUUCCGGUGAGCGAUUGGCCGAGCAUGUGUGAGAAGUGGAUGAAACAGAAUGGCUUUAUAGACUAG